AUGAAAAAUGCAUCCAUGCUGAACCAUUUGAUCAGCGGGGACUUUGAGAGUAGGAGCCAACAAGACAAGGCGCUGCUGGAGAGUAUGAACUCUUGCAUGUCUAUCUUGGCUCGCAUCAACCAAGAUGUCCUGACGGAAAAAGUCCCAACGCAAGAAGAAGAGAACUGCCCAGCGUCGCUGGGGCUUGUGUUGAACGGAUCAUUGAUAGAAAGCGUCAUCCCAGGAGGGCCGGCUGAUGCUAUAAACAGCGGUGAUAGGAUAGUAGAGAUGAAUGGAAAUCAGGACGUUUCUUUCAACCUCCAACGAGCAGAGGACAUCAAACUCCUGGUCCAGAGGAACGCAGACGUCUUCGAAGUGGAGCUGCGCAGCGACACCUCCCCUGCCAUGCUGCACCUCCAGGAGCUCUUCGACCGCCUCUACAACCUCCGCGUGCAGCAAGAGAGCCAACGGUCGGGGAACCCCAAGGAGUUUGCGGAUAUUGAAAAGUGCCUUGAGCUGACUUAUCAGGUUGCAAGUGAUCGUUUCCUUGUAUCCUCGCGCGUUGAUCAGCAGAACAAAGAUAUCAAGGAUCUUGCAACCAAGGCAUGCUCAACGUUGCAAAGCGCCAUCGGGCCCAAACCACAGGAAGAAGCUCUGCAGAGUGUGGGAAUGGACAGCACCUUGCAGCAGGAGACCUUGCUAGAUAUGAAUUACCUCAAUUCCUUGUCGGAGUCCUUGGAGUCUGAGUUGAUUCGGCAUGGUGAGAAUCGGCAAAUGUUGCUCAUGAGACUGAGCUACAUCAGGAAAGAACUGCAACUUGGAAAGGCCAGAGUGCCAGGAAAUUCCAGCAGAAGCGUGAAAGCAGAGAACACAACGAUCAUAAGUCUUGACGAGACGAAUUCUCAAAACAAAACUCUCGGUAUGGGGAAUGCCGAGAAGAUGGCAAAGACGCUCCUGGAGGAAGAGAAGAAAGAUCUGCAGAGUCAGCUGGAUAAGAUGGAAUCAAUCAUGAAAGCGCAGAGAACUCUCUUGGUUCAACUUGAAAACGAACUCGCGGAGGAGAGGAAAUGGAAACAGAGAGCUUCCCCCCAGUCUAACUCAAGCUUCUCUCCCUUGUUGUCCGCGGAGGCUCCUCUAGUCAGAACUCCCUCAAGAAACGACGAGUUGCCGGUGACUAUGAUGACGGAGCUGCCUCUGUGCCAUGGGAUCGGCCUCGAGAUCUCCCACACCAUCCCCUUCAUGAUCAUCAACUUGACUCCGGGCAGCCCAGCGUUCUUAGAUGGGAGGCUGGCGAUAGGGGACGUGCUCAUGGCUGUCGAUGGCGUUAGGACGGCAGAGCUGGACUACAUCGGGAUCCUCGACAAGAUGAUCGGGCUGGAGGGGACGGUCGUGCAGCUACAGGUGCGUCCGAUCUUUACGACGCUACCGGAGCACAUCUUCGGCUUCAGCACUAAGAUCACCAGGAGGAUCUGGGGCCCAACACAGUCUGGCGUUGUGCACUGCCAGUGCUAG